AUGCCAAGAAUUAAACAAGUUGAUGUAUUCACCAAUGUCAAAUAUUUGGGUAAUCCAGUUGCCGUUAUUUAUGAUAGUGAUAAUUUAACCACUCAAGAAAUGCAAAAAAUUGCUCGAUGGACAAAUUUAUCAGAAACAACAUUUAUAUUGACUCCAAAAUCAUCAAUUGCUGAUUAUAGUAUUAGAAUUUUCACUUCUGGUGGGAAUGAAUUACCAUUUGCUGGUCAUCCUACUUUAGGUACUGCAUUUGCAUUAUUGGAAGAUGGUAAAAUAAAACCAAAUGACAAUGGACAAAUAAUUCAAGAAUGUGGUGCUGGAUUAGUGAAAAUAUCCGUUGAAAAAACACCUAAUAAUAAUAGUAAUAAUAAUAAUAAUAAUAGUAAUGAGUUGCCGUUUUUGUUAUCUUUUCAAUUACCAUAUUUCAAAUUUCAUGAAAUUGAUGACAAAGUAAUUGAGGAAUUACAACAUUCAUGGAAUGGAACCAAUAUUAUUGGUAAACCGGUACUUAUUGAUGCUGGUCCAAAAUGGGCAGUUUUCCAACUUGGCUCCGGUAAAGAAGUAUUAGACUUGAAUGUUGAUUUAGCACAAAUUGAGCGAUUAAGUUUAGAAAAUGGUUGGACAGGAAUUGGUGUCUUUGGAAAACAUAAUGAAAAUGGUGAUUCGGUCGAAUUGAGAAAUAUUGCUCCUGCUGUUGGAGUCGCUGAAGAUCCUGCUUGCGGAAGUGGAUCAGGUGCUAUUGGAGCAUAUUUGGCAAAUCACGUUUUCAAUGAAAAGGAAAAAUUUACAAUUGAUAUUUCUCAAGGUAAACCAAUUGAAAGAGGUGCUAAGAUUCAAGUUAAAGUUAAUCGUCUUAGCACCAAAAAUGGUGAUUUAUCUAUUCAUGUUGGUGGUCAUGCCAUCACUUGUUUCGAAGGUACUUAUUCUAUUUAA